AUGGACUCCCCGCUCAGACAUGGAAGCAGCAGCUCUUUCAAAACCCCCCAGAGGCUGAGGGCCUCCAGGAGCCACAGCAGCGGGAGCCACAGCAGCCCACUCACCAUCCCGGCCUCGCCCUUCAUGAAGAAACUGGGCUGUGGCACCGGGGUCAACGUCUACCUCCUGGACAGAAUGGGGAAACUGAAUCUGUCUCCGUGGGCAGUGAAGAAGAUCAAUGGUAACUGUGCGGCCAAACAGGCGGCACUUUACCAGAAGCGCCUGAACGAGGAGGCGAAGGUCCUGAAGGGUCUGGACCACCCUAACAUCGUGGGUUUUCGUGCUGUUGCCACGGCGACAGAUGGAUCGAAGUGUCUGGCCAUGGAGUACGGAGGAGAGCAGUCACUCAACGACAUGAUCGAGAGGCGGCGAGAGGACGGUCUGAAAGCCUUUCCUGCCGCCAACAUCGAGAAAGUGGCGCUGCAUGUGGCUCGCGGUCUGAAGUAUCUUCACAAUGAGAAGAAGCUGCUUCACGGCGACAUGAAAUCCUGCAACGUGGUCAUUAAAGGAGACUUCGAGACGGUCAAGAUCUGCGACGUGGGCGUGUCCCUGUUUCUGGAUGAGAACAUGAAAGUUUCAGACCCGAAGGCGGAGUACAUCGGCACCGAGCCCUGGAACCCCAAGGAGGUGAUGGAGGGAGGACCGGUCUCUGACAAGGCCGACGUCUUUGCAUUUGGACUGACGCUCUGGGAGAUGAUGACCCUGUCCAUGCCACAUCUGGACGCUCUCGACGAGGAAGAGGACGAGGAGGAUGAUGAAGGUGAGGAGGAGGAGGAUGAUGAUGAUGAAGAGGUGACGAGAGCUUUGACGAGGGACGCGUAUUACGAGCGGCUCGGGACUCGGCCUGCGCUGGACGCAGAGGCUCUGGGCGCCCCCUACAGGAGGAUGGUGGAACUGUUCUACGUCUGCACAGAGGAAGACCCCCAGAAGCGGCCCUCGGCCUCUCAGAUCGUCCAGGCUUUAGAAGGAAACAGCGCCCCCCAGAGCCACGAGGUCAUCGUCAUCGACUGA